AUGUCUAACGGAAUGAAAUUUUUAUUAUUUUUUGUUGCUUGCUUCGUUCUUGCUGCUUACGCUGAUAAUAUCGUAAUUAAAGUGGGCAAUUUGAAAUAUGAUCCUCAAACUGUUGAUGCGAAAAAAGGCGAUGUUUUGGUUUUCACUUGGCUUUCUGAUAGAAGUCAGCACGAUGUCGUCCAAUCUGACUCUGAAGGAGAUUGCUCUGAAUCCACCACACUUACUAGCAUCAAAUCUGAUAUAAAAUCAUCAGGAACUUACAACUACACCAUUACCGAAGAUGCCAAUACAAAACUUUAUUAUUACUGCAGUGUAGGAACUCAUUGUGAAAGUGGUAUGUAUGGUACUAUUAAUGUCGUUGGUGAUACUACUUCCACCCUCGCUCGGACAUCUGGUUCGCCUUCAUCAAGAGCUUCACCAGGAGCUCCAUCAGAAGCUCCAUUAGAAACUACAUCAGGAAGAUCAAGCUCAAGUUCAACGCAAACAGUAACACAAAAAAAUUUUGCGGUCUCCUUCAAUUCAAUUACUACUGUUACUUUAUUGGUAUUCGUAUCAAGUCUUAUCAUGACUGCUUCCUUGUUAUAA